GCUAAACAAUUUAGCUGGCUGUGUUCAGCAAAACUAACAAGAUAACCCAAAUAAAUUUAAUUUAUAUUAGAAUAGAAUUACCUUUAUUGUCAUUAAAACCAGUGUGUGUGUGUGUGUGUGUGCAUGUCUGUGUGUUUGUGUGUGCUUGUUUUUAUAUGUUUAAGUGGACAAUUUUUGACUUUCAAUCUGUAAUGUGUGGACAUUUUGAUGCCCACACAAUGCUAAGCACCCCAAAACUUGGUUUUAGAGGUUUGGUGUAAGUUAACUUUUAGUUUAGGUUAGGGUUAGGAAUAGAACCCCAAAGGUUAAGGUUAGGGUUGACGCUAAACUCUUUUGACCCCCAAUUAGGGGAUGCGCGGGCUCAAAUCUUUUUAACACAAUAUUUUUUUUACUAUUAAUUAAUCUUAAUGCAUUAAAUUCCCACCCUUAGUUUUUAUACAUCUAAAAUAUACUACAUAUGUAUACGUUAUGCAAGACAAGACGUGUCGCACAGAGAAUACUUGAACAUGUGACGUGUUUCCUGUCUGGUGACCUUGUGCUGCCUUUUCUCCAGUAGUGAUGAACCUCCUGGACACACACUUGCUGAUCAACAUGAAUGGGAGGUGAUGCUGAUUUUUGUAGGGAUGUGUGUGAGGGACAGGAUGUAAUUUAGUUGGGAUUGAGGGAAUAAGUGCUAUUCUUCUUUUCCUUCCAUGACUCUGGUUUCUUGGAGGGAAAAGUUCUCACCAAACUCUGUUUCUAAAUUCUUGGCAUGUUCUUAAAGUUCAGGUUUGUUGUUGGUGUCCUGGGCUGUGGCUUCACAGACAGGCUUUGGAUCGGCUUUUAGACUGGUGGGGUGGUCCAGAUGUUCCUUCCCUGUCUCAACAACAACUUGGAUUUCCUCAUGAAGCCCUUGUUCUAAUUCUUUCUCCUGUUUCUUGACCAAGACAACCUGAGUUUGACCCGUUGUGAUGAGGCUGUCAUAUGAAGCCCUCAUCUGUUCCUUCUCUGUCUGAUGAAAAGAUUCCUCCUGGUUGCGGAAAUAUUUUUUCAACAGUAAAACGAAAUCCUCCAUAAUUUCUGUAAUCUGUUGGUUUAGAAACGUCUCUGCAUGAGCCUUGAUUUCCCCUCUAACUGUUGUGCCCUUGCUGUGGCCUCUCGGUGAGGCCCUUGUAAUGCAUCUUCAGCAGUGAAGAUGGUCUUUAGAAGCAGGCUUUAGCGUAACUGUGUGACAGGUGAUCCGCAGAAGGGCUGGUCCAUCUACAGCAACCACAAACUGACAGAACAGCCGUGAGAGCCAGAGUUUCUAAAACCACUACACCCUCAGAAGACAAAUAUUAUGUUAGAGGGAACUGGAUGAGUGUACAUGUGUGUACAUAAAGUUAAUACUGGGUCAAGUUCAUUAAUCUGCACUCCGGGAGGGCUCAAGAGUCUGAGACGUCAGGAUCCAUCUGCAGUGGCAACAGCAGAAAGGAGAAGAAGAAGAUGUUUGGCCUGAAAGUAAGAAAGAAGAAGGAUAUCCCAGACCUGGUCCUGGCAAACAAGGGAGCUGUGGAAAGUGAAGGGGAGGUGCCUGCUGAAGUGCCUGUGCUGCCAGAGGAAGAGCGCAUGGAGGAUCAGCCUGAAGUCAGAUCCAGAAUUAUCCUGAACAGAAAGAGAGCCAAACUGAUAACUAACAUCCAGGACAGCGAAGGGAAACCACAGAGCUUCCAGGUAGCUGUUAACAUCACAGAAGCUCGACAGCUUGUUGGCGAAAACAUCGACCCCAGCGUGGUCGUCGAGAUCGGGGACGAAAAGAAACAGACGACUGUCAAAGAGGGAACUAAUGCCCCCUUUUACAAUGAGUACUUUGUGUUUGACGUCUUUGCCUACAAAGAGAUCUUCUAUGAUAAAGUCAUUAAGCUGACGGUAAUUCAUUCAAAGAUGCUGAGGACUUUCAGUGUGGGGUCUUUCAAGCUGGAUGUGUGGACCGUCUACAAACAGCCAGGUGCGUCUCGCUCUCACCUGUCCUCUGAUCAGUCCUGGACACCUGAGCUCCUCCUCUGCUGUCAGAGAUCAACUAAAGACUGCUGUCCUGAUUCUUUAGGUCACCAGUUCAUCAAUAAAUGGGCAAUGUUAACCGAUCCUGGAGACAUUAGCACUGGAGUCAAAGGUUAUGUUAAAUGUGACAUCAGUGUUUCAGCGAAGGGAGAGGCCAUGCAGCCCGGACAGAAAGCCAGUGAUGCUGAGGAGCAGAUAGACAAGAACCUGCUGAUUCCAGAGGGGUUUCCUUCUGAGCGCCCAUGGGCUCGUUUCUGUGUGAAGGUGUACCGAGCUGAAGGCCUUCCGCGAAACAACUCCAGCAUCAUGGCCAACGUCACCAAGGCCUUCAUCGGAGACAACACGGCGCUAAUAGACCCUUAUGUUGUGGUCAGCUUCUUUAAACAAAUGGGCCGCACGUCCACUAAGAAGUCCACAGCAGACCCAGUGUGGAAUGAGCAGAUUGUCUUCACUGAGAUGUUUCCGCCUUUGUGUCAGAGAUUAAAGAUUCAGGUCUGGGAUGAAGGAAGCAUGAAUGAUGUUGCCAUAGGAACCCAUUACUUUGAUCUGAAACGUGUUUCCAAUGAACAAGAUGGUGACAAAGGGUUUUUACCAACAUUUGGCCCUGCUUGGGUCAACCUGUAUGGCUCUGCAAGAAACUACACUUUGGGUGACGACACAGGAGAACUUAACGAAGGCAUUGGCGAGGGCGUUUCCUACAGGGGUCGAGUCUACUUGGAGCUGACAGUGGAGAUCCUGUCAGGGGGGACAGGCUCAGAAUCAAAGCUCAGCCAAAUGAUGAAACCUGCAAAAGACGCUAAAGCAGGCAAGGUGGCUGGGAAGGAUGGGAAGACUCCUGCUGGUGGAGGAGGAAGUGUAGGAGGAGGAGCGGAUGAUGACAAAGGCAAAUCUGGAGCUGCAGAAGUUUUGCCUGUGGAAGCCCCUCCUGUGCUGACUGAAGAUGACUGUGAAAGCUUCCUGCUGUUUGGUGCUGUGUUUGAGGCCACGAUGAUUGACCGUAAGCUAGGAGACAAGCCCAUCAGCUUCGAGUUCUCCCUGGGUAACUAUGGUAAUGUUCUGGAGUCUUCAACCCAACCUUAUGCUAUUAGUCCUGCUGUUACCCGGAGGAAAAUAGGCCUGGACAUUCCAGACACCACCGAUGUGUUUGGCACCUCCCCCUCAGGCUCCUUCUCCAUCAGCACACCCCUCCUCUCACCCAGAGAGCCUUCAGACCCAAGUGUGAUAGCUAAAUCUGUCACUCCUCCAGAGAGACCUCACAUUGUUGAAGGGAACAGACAUUACAUGCAUCUACCCCUGGAGAAGAAGAAGCCAUGUUUUAACGUGUUGAGUUACUGGGAGGACAGAACCUACCGUCUGUACAACUCUAACAUGCUGGAGAAUAUAGCUGUACUCUUUGAGGAGGGGGUGUCUGGUGCAGCUGAGCUUCAUAGGAAGAUGGAGCCGGCAGCCGGGCCAACACUCAGAACUGUUCUCAGAGAUUUUUGCUUGGAUGCCAGGAAUUUUAUUGCAGCCGCUGAGGCCAAGUUGAAGACUGAGCUGAAGAGCAGCAACCUGACGCAGCUAGACAAGAAGCGUCUGACGAUGUGCAAACAGGAGCUGGAGGGUAUGAUAGGAGAGGCCAAGUCAUUGACAGAGAGACGAAGAAAAGCUGGUGGAGUAAAAGAAAUGCUGCAGGAAGCUACAAAGAUAAUGCAGAAACUCAGGUUCCUUGUGGAAGAGCCCCAGCACAUGGUACCAGACAUGUUUGUGUGGUUGCUAAGCAACAACAAACGAGUAGCUUACGCCAGGGUUCGAACCCGCGACCUGCUGUACUCUGGCAACCAGGAAUCCCGAGGGGUUCUCUGUGGGAAAGUAGUAACCUUGUUCUUAAAGCCUCCAGGAAAGCGUGCUGCAGCAUUGACGGUUCAGGCCAAGCUAGACGUGUAUCUGUGGUUUGGAUCUUGUUCAGACUCCUCCCACAUGCUGGAUGACCUACCUGCAGGAUACACACCAAACGAGGGGGGUGCUGAUGCCAGCAGCCCCCCUUCACACCUGGUCUGCACAGAGCACCACCACUUUCAGCUGCGCUGCCACGUGUAUCAGGCUCGCGGUCUGAUAGCUGCAGACAACACGGGCCUGUCAGACCCAUUCGCCCGGGUCACGUUCCUCUCACACAGCCUAACCACGAAUAUAAUCAGUCAGACCCUGAGUCCAACAUGGAACCAGUGCUUGUUAAUGAGCCGCAUCCUGUUGAGUGGAGACCUGCAGUUCAUCCAGAAGGAGCCCCCGCGUGUCGUCAUCGAGGUGUACGAUGAUGACGCUCUGGGUAAAGCUGAGUACCUGGGAGCCACUGUGGCAGUCCCUGGUGUGCAUCUGACCUCUGAACCCUACAUCCCCCCCACCCUGCAGUAUAGUCCACUUCACUAUGGAAGCCAGUCAGGAGGAGACCUACUUGCUGCAUUUGAACUUCUCCAGGUCAGUCAGUCUCACCUCGGCAUCUACACAACUGCAAGAUGGAGUUCUAAUACAAGUCUUGCGCAGAUCCCCAAGUCUGGCCAUUCGAGUCUACCGGCUUUAGAGGAAGAGGAAGGAGGCAUCUACACAGUUCCUGCCAACAUCAGGCCUGUUCUCAGCACCUACAGACUGGAGGUGUUGUUCUGGGGUUUGAGGGAGCUGAGGAAGGUUCAGCUUCUGUCUGUUGACCGACCACAGGUGUUUAUAGAGUGUGCAGGUAAAACUUUGCGGUCCUCCGUCAUUCAAAAGUACAAGUCCAACCCAAACUUCACUACGCUGGUAGACUCCAUGGAGCUGGAGCUUCCGGAGAACGAACACCUCCAUCCUCCUCUCAGUAUCACGGUAGUCGACUGGCGGGCCUUCGGCCGCAGCACGCUGGUUGGAAACCACAUCAUCAACAAUCUCAAAGCUUUCAAGUCCACUCCACCUCCAGCCCCACCUCCAACCGACCGAACACAGAGACCAACUCAGGUCACGGAGGCCGGACCAGCUCCAACCACAGAGCCUCCGGUCUCUGAAGGUCCAUCACACAGCACUGCAGGAACUAGUUCUGCAGUGGCAGUGACCAAUCAGGACUUCCUCGUCACUGUGGAGGAGGAAGCUCCAGCUCCUGCUCCAUCUUCACCUCCAGCUCAGCCAGAACCCAGGAAGAAAAGGGAGAUCAGCGCCAAAAGCACCCGUCGUUCCACCAAGAGGAGGCGGCGGACCAUUGCUGAUGAGUCAGCAGAGUCCGUCAUCGACUGGUGGUCCAAAUACUACGCGUCUGUGGAGAAGCAGGCAAAGCUGAAGGACAUCUCUCAGUUACCCUUCAUCUCUGAGAAAGGCAAGCAGCUCUCAUCUUUGUCCUACCACAGCAUGCUCAGCGAUGGAAUAGAGUCUUUGGUCAGCGUCCAGGCAGAGGGAGAGAGGAAGAGGAAGCAGAAAGGGAAGGAAACUCUAGAGUUCCACUCUGGUCUACGUACAAAAUUAGCCACACUGCAGCUGUACAACAAGGAGCUGGAGGCAGAGUUUGGACCGUUUGAUGAUUGGGUGACCACAUACGAGCUGUUCAGAGGAAAAGCCAAUGAGGAGGAGGGAACAUCUGAGGAGAGGUUUGUUGGGAAGUUUAAGGGACGAUUCUGCCUCUACAAGCUGACUGAUGGUGGAGAAGGAGGCUCGGAGGCAGUCAGAGACAUGGGCCACUACAGAAUUGACAGAGGGAUUCCUCCAAACAACCAGGUCCAGGUUCUCAUACGAGUCUACAUCAUCUCAGCAUCCAACCUGCAUCCAGCUGACCCCGACGGGAAAGCUGAUCCAUACAUUGUUCUUCGCAUUGGCAAAAAUGAAAUCAAAGACAGAGACAACUACAUUCCCAAGGAGCUGAAUCCUGUUUUUGGAAGAUCAUUUGAGUUGCAGGCUACAUUUCCUCAGGAGUCUCUUCUGUCAGUGGUUGUUUACGACUUUGACUUGGUGGGAGGAGACGACCUGAUUGGAGAGACUCGCAUAGACCUGGAGAACAGAUUCUACAGCCGACACAGAGCCACCUGUGGACUUCCUACUGAGUACAGCCUUGGGGGUUACAACGCCUGGAGAGACUGUCUGAAGCCAUCAGAGUUGCUGUCAAGGAUGUGCAGAGAAAACGGAGUGGACGGCCCUCACUUCAGUCCCGGUCGCAUCGUUGUGGCAGGCAAAGUUUUUACCGGAAAGACGCUCUACAUGGAAGAAGAUAAAGAUGAGCCGGUGGAGUCCUACGAGCACUUGUCCCUGAAGAUACUGCACCGCUGGGCUGAGAUCCCUGGUGUGGGAUGCAAGCUGGUUCCAGAACACAUUGAGACCAGAACUCUCUUCAACAAGACCCGGCCUGGAAUGGAUCAGGGCCAGGUUCAGAUGUGGGUGGACAUGUUCCCUUUGGACCUACCACAUCCAGGCCCUCCUGUAGACAUCUCACCUCGAAAACCCAAAGGGUAUGAGCUACGUAUAAUCAUCUGGAACACAGAGGAUGUCAUUCUGGAAGACACCAACUUUCUGACGGGCCAACAGUCCAGUGAUAUUUAUGUCAAAGGCUGGCUGAAGGGUUUAGAAGAUGACCGACAGGAGACAGAUGUUCACUACAACUCUCUGACCGGGGAAGGAAACUUCAACUGGCGCUUUGUGUUUCCCUUCAGCUAUAUGCCUGCUGAGAAGGUGGUGGUGGUGAAGAAAAGAGAACAUAUCUUCUCACUGGACAAAACCGAGCAGAAGCUCCCUGCCAUCCUAAUCCUGCAGGUCUGGGACUUUGAGACGCUCUCCUCCGACGACUUCCUUGGUGCAUUAGAGCUGGACCUUCAUGGAUUUCCUCGUGGAGCAAAAACAGCCAAGUCAUGCAAAGCAGAGAUGUUGACAGACCUGAUGGAGAAAAUCUCCAUCUUCCAGCAGAAGAGGGCUCGUGGCUGGUGGCCAUUCUGCAAGUCUGGAGAGCUCACAGGGAAGGUGGAGGCAGAGUUCCAUCUGGUGACAGCUGACGAGGCUGAGAAGAACCCAGUAGGAAAGGCGAGGAAAGAGCCAGAGCCACUGCCCAAACCAAACCGCCCCGACACCUCCUUCUCCUGGUUUGUGAAUCCGUUUAAGUGUUUCUUCCACCUGGUGUGGCGAAGCUACAAGAAGUACAUCAUCAUCGCUCUAAUCCUGCUCAUCACCGUGCUCUUCCUCGCCCUGUUGUUCUACACUCUGCCAGGAGCCAUCUCUCAGAAGAUCAUCAAUGGAUGAAGCAGACAGCAGGCUUCAGAGGAGAUAGCCUUCUUUAAAAUAUAUUUUCCAGGUUUAAAUGUAGUGUUGAAUAAGACAUGCUAGCCUGUUAUCUAUAAACAGUUCUUGUUUGUAACCUGGUCAAAGACUCAAACUAGUCUGAAAAGUGAAGAUGCACAAAGAAUAUUACUUUGUUUCUGUGGACAGAAGGUUAAAGGUUAACGUUGUUUUCCAAGUUCAGAAGCUGGAAUUUUUAAACCUCCAAUCUGAGAUCACGAAGUUUAUUUCCUCCUCGAGAUGCUGACGUAAAACUAGACCAAGACUCUUGAACAGCACUGAUUAUAAAAGAACGCAAAUAAAAUGGAAACUUUUUUUUA